CCGAGACAGCAAUUUCCUGUUGACACCGGAAUAUUUAGAAAAGUGCAAGGAAGGAGGACAGAAAGAAAAGGAAUAUCAGACUGCAGUGUUUGUGUGGAAGUUAGAUCUCCCCUCUUUGGCUUUGUCCCUGUGGGGUUACUGUCAGUCAGACAGGCCCUGCUGAAUGAAUGGACCCAGUGAUCAAAGUUUGCUUGUGGAUUGAGGAGAGGGAAGACUGGAAAUAAACAGGCAAGGAGGCAGAAGCAGGGGGGACUGGGCUGUCUUUAUAGAGGGUUCUUAUCAGCGAGUCAGGUGCACGGGUUUCAAGGUCUUUCACAGGGAAAGGAGCCUAUUGCAGUCGAAUAGAUGGGGAAGCCAGUCUAAUGCAGGAGCUAAACACACACAAAGCCUCCAAGCACAGUCUGGCCUGCUCUGGCACUGACAAUCCUCCAGCCACAGCUGCUGAGGAAAAGAAAUGUGUUCUGUGAGCUUUAAAUGAUCCUCCCCGGUGAUGGCUGAAGCCUGGUUGGAUGAAGAGGAGGAGGAAUUGAGGGAGCUCAGGGACAAUGCUGGAAACAGGCGGCAUAGGAGAUCCAACCUGAGUCAAGCUGCAGAACGUCCAGAAAGAAAUAAACCAGAGCACCGAUUUCCUGGACAAGGACCCCUCUCCUCCAUAAGAGCAGUUAUUAAGAGAACUUCAAGGACGACUUCCCACGGUGAUCAGCAACGAGAUAGAAGGCGCCCUGAGAUCACCAUUGUUGCUGCAGAGCCAAUUGGUCCAGGAUCGUGGUUCCACGGUGGUCCUCCUGGAGGGUUCCCUCCUCCACCUCCCCCACAGUGGAGGCCAAGUGAAACCCACCCAGCUGAGCCACCAUCUUAUGAGCAGGUGAUUAAAGAAAUCAAUCAAGUGCAAGUUACCACAACAAGUAGUAAUGCAGAACCCAGACGUACUACAACAUGUGCAACACAAACUGACUUUCCAGAGGAAGAAGAUCGAAAUCUGCCAGGCAAUAUUAUAAUCAAUCAGCUGGUCUCUUGUGAGCAAGAAGCAGCGUCAGUGCAAAGUUCCACUGAAAUAUCUCGAUUGUCAAACAAUGUUAAGAAUUGUUCUCCCCAGAUAGCGUGCGUCAAUAUUACUGACACAACUGUCAGACAAGAGGACCCCAAUGUCUUAAGACUUCCAGUACCAAGGCCAAGGACAAAGUCAAAUCUCAGGCCUGUAGGAAACCACUUAAGUAUCUUCCAUCUUCUAGCAUCCACUGAAAAUCAUACUGGCUUUGGUGAUCAUUCUUUUGAGGAAACAGUGGAAAUAAACAAUAUGAGCCAUGAAAGAAGCCAAAAUCUUAUUGGGUCAAGGAUUAGGGCAUUUGAAUCUCAAUCUGAAAAAUCAGAUCAGUGCAGAAGACCAGAAAUUGCACCACGUUCAAUAAACACUAAGAAUUCUGUGACUGUUAAGCCUAUACCACCUCCAAAACCAUUGUCAAACAGAAUAUCUGGAGAGUGGGAUGCAGCAAAAGAUAACAAACCAAAAGCUCCACCACGAGAAGGGCUUCUCCCACCGAAGACGCAAGAUACAGGUAAUGCAACCAAACCAGAUUUGCCAAAGAAACCAAAGCCGCCUCUUUUAUCAGGAAGCAGCAAUGGUGGUGACAUUAAUGAUGGAAUCUCUGAGACCUCAUUGUUUGGGAACAACAGUAAGGAAACUGAAAGAAAAAUUCCUGUCCCUGCACCAAGGCCUAUGGUGCCCAAGAAAUCUGUACAGACUGACAACUCUGCCUUGCCCACGGCAUUGCCAAGGCCAGUAGUUUCUGCCCCUGCUCCAAAACUAUCUAUAGCUGCACAAUCCAAAACAUUUACCACAACUGAGACGCCAGCAGCCAGAAGCUUUGCGCCACUUGCACAUAGCAAAUCCGCAGGGGAGGUGGUGGACCUUAUUAGUUUUGAGGAUGAUAAUGUUUUAUCUCCCGUUAUACUCCCAAACCCAGAAUCCACCAGUGACUCUAAAGCAAAUUAUGAUCCCUUCCAGCUGUUUUCCAAGGAUGAGACAGAGAAGGAGUUGCCAACAAACUCUGCUCCUCUGAGAAAACCCACAAUCAUCCGAAUCUCAGGCAAACUAACAAAAUCUUCUGAAGAACUACAGAUCCCCCCUCCACUUCCUGCCGAAAAACCAGUUGGAAGCUUGUUUGAAAAAACUAGUGCAAAGUCCCGUCCUGCUGGCAAAAAAGAAUGGGAGCAGUCAGAAUGUACAGAAGACACCCGGUCCAAACCUGUAUUACCAACUAGGCCUAUUGGUGUGAAAGUAAUGGAAACACAAGUUCCGGCAACUAAGGGGCCCCCUGGAAGGCCACCUCCACCAAAAGUGUCAAAGACUGGUGCAUCACGUGUUGCCUUUCCUCGAGCAUCAUCCGACAUAAGUUUGAGUACAAAACAGAAUGUGUCUGUAUUAAACAGAUCAAAAAGUCAAGUCCUAAAAAGACCACAACCAGAGCUACCUCCCCGACCUAAACCUGGACAUCCUCUGUAUAAUAAAUACAUGUUGCCUGUGCCUCAUGGGAUUGCUGAAAAAGAUGUUGUGUCCAAAAACCCUGGAGAACUAUCCUGCAAGCGUGGAGAUGUGCUAGUGCUGCUGGAACAGACAGAUAACAACUCCCUUAAUUGCCAAAGGGGAUCAGCAACUGGUGAAGUCAAAGUGUCAAAUAUAAAGAUAAUCACCCCACUCGAUGAGAGUUUGGACACCACACAAAAAGACAACAAUGUUCCUCGUGCUCUGGUGCUGCAUGAUUUUACAGGGGGAGAUGUAGAUGAUCUGAGCCUUAAUGCAGGGGAAACAGUUUACUUACUGGAAAAAAUUGACAAUGAAUGGUACAAAGGAAAGUGCAAAAGUUGUACUGGAAUAUUUCCUUCCAAUCAUGUCAGGGUUCUGGUUGAUGUUCCUGAUAAAGUGACUCAGAAAAACAUUACUUUCAACUCUGUAACAAAGUGAGUAAUUUACCAAUAGAAAAUUACUGUAAUAUCCACAAUGCUUCAAAUUAAUUUUAAAAUAUUGCACAAGUG